AUGGCCAGCGACGUGACUGCAGAUGCGGCUGGUGUGCUGCUGUUGGGCCUGCUUUUAGAGGCCAUCGUCCAAAGUUAUUAUGAGCGUAGGAUUUACACGCUCGUCUGCAUUCUCGCCAUCUUCUGGCCCGCUAUCUACGGCAUUGAACUCAUCCGUGCCAAUCGCGUUAUAUGUUUGGCGUGGGCGGUUCAAUGUGGCUCUAUGAGCAUCUUCACCCUUCUUGAGGCCAUGAAAACGGAGGAUAUUACUCUGAUCACCCUGGUGACGUCCUUUCUCCUCCCGGUCUUCGCUCUUCGGACCAGACGCCACCAUCAGAUCAAUCAACUAGUGGUCCUCUUUUUCACAUUCGCCCCGCUAUUCAUAAUCCUUACUAUCUCCCACGAAGGCCUCUUCUACUGCUGCCUGAGCGGCACCCUCUUCACCUGGGUGCAGCUGGAGUCCAAAGUCUUCGACUACCAGCGACAGCCCGCAUGUCCAUCUAUCACCCAAGAAUCACCACAAUUCCGCCCCCUCCACUUUCCCGACCUACGCAUUGCCCUGUUCUUCCUCUACCUGUUCCACUCCGCCUUCUUCAGCACUGGGAACCUCGCCUCGACCUCCUCCUUCUCCCUCGGCGCCGUGCUGCGUCUCCUGCCCGUCUUCGAUCCCUUCAGCCAGGGGGCCCUUCGGGUCCUCAAGAUCCUGGCUCCCUUUGCGCUCGUCUCGGCGAACCUGGGGCUCUGGACCCGCGCGCUGCGCCUGCGGCCCGGGGCGCUCUUUGUGCUGGUUGUCGCCGCGAGUGAUUAUCUGACGCUGCGGUUGUUCUGGCGCGUGCGGGACGAGGGCUCGUGGUUGGAGAUCGGGGAGAGUAUUACGGUGUUUGUGCUGGCGUCGUCGCUCUGUGGGUUUGUGGCUGGGCUGGAGAUGGUUGGGGAGGGGGUUGUGGGAGGGCUGGAGGGGGGCGCUGGGCUCCAUGCUUCUGAGGAUGUUGCCGCGGCGGGUGCGGACCCUGAGAAAAAGUACAAGCUUUCAUAA